AUGAACACAAUCAAGGCCUUCCUAUGGCACCUACCGCUCUGUCUGCUUGCCACUGUCGCAAGUAACGCGAGCCCUUCAGAACGACCUCCAGAGCGACCCCUAGUCGAUGAACUCGCAGACAGCGGUGCCUUCGGCUACUACCCGACAAACACCUACACCACCGCUGUUGGACUCAAUGAACCGAAGACGAACUUCAUACAGUGGAGUGAGAGGUGCGAUGACGGCCUACUGUACUUCCUCACUCCCCGGGGCUGGGGCAUUGAAAAUGCGGGACCGAUGAUCCUCGACGGUCGUGGCAAAUUGAUCUGGACAAAACAUUUCGACAACAAGUUCGGUGGUCAGGCUUACGACUUCUCAUUGCAGCAGUACCAGGGUGAGGACUACCUUACGUUCUGGCUUGGCGACGAUCGUAUACGUGGUCACGGAGCAGGAUACUACUACAUGUUGAAUGCUUCAUACGACAUCGUCCACCGAGUUGGCGCAGCUGAGGGCUUGUCCGCCGACUUGCAUGAAUUCCUGGUCACUCCCGAGGGAACAGCACUCAUGACGAUGUACGAGAUCAUGGAAUACGAUCUCACCGGCAUCCAAGACUAUCAUCACGACGACGAACGGCCAGGUUUUUCAUACAUAUGGGACUGUGUCUUUCAAGAGGUCGAGAUCGAAACUGGCAACCUCAUCUUUCAAUGGCGAGCUUCGGAGCAUGUCAAUAUCUCCACAACGUACCACGGCAUUGGCCCGGGCGGUUCGAGAGAUGAUCCCUUUGACUGGUUCCACAUCAACAGUAUCGCCAAGGACGAGCUUGGGAAUUACUUGGUCUCCGCAAGAUACGCGCAUAGCAUUACCUACAUCGAGGGUAGCACAGGUGACAUUCUUUGGACGCUCGGCGGGCGAAUGAACGACUUCAUGGACACUAGCGGCGGUUCAGCGCUCAAUUUCGCAUGGCAACACGACGCGCGAUUUGUUCCUACGGACACGUUCCCUAACAUGUAUAACCCACCACCCGCCCGUCCAGGCUUCGAGACGAGGCUCGUAACGCUUUUUGACAACGCUGCCGAGGAUCAGCACUACGAAUAUGGCCUUCCGAUCUCUCGAGGCCUCUUGCUGGAGAUCACGUACCCGAUUCAAAGAAGCGCAGCUGCUCGAUCACCGAGCCCCCGUCCCAUAAAAAAGCGUCAAGAGCUGGGUCUGAAUGAGCAAAAAGUUCUCGAUAUCAAUGGCACGAAGCCUGAAUAUACUGUCCGAGUCAUCAAGUCCUACGAGAAUCCGCAGGGCGUGCGCUCGUCAUCGCAAGGCUCGCUACAGAUCCUACCUCAGAACGGUGGUCAAGAUCCGAAGGUCCUUGUCGGGUAUGGUCUCAAUGCUGUUUGGACCGAGUUUGAAAGCGAUGGCAACGUGCUGUGCGAUGUUCACUACGGAGCCACUACCUCUUGGGAGCGCGGAGACAUCCAGAGCUACCGCACGUACAAGUUUCCAUGGAUCGGCCUGCCAGAGGAGCCACCUUCAGCGGAGAUCAGUGAUGAUGAUGCUGUCGUCUGGGUCUCGUGGAGCGGAGCAACAGAAGUUGUCGAGUGGAUCCUGCAGUGCUCGAGCGAAGAUUCUGUUAACGACAAGACAUGGGAAGAUGCUGCCCGAGUCGCUAAAUCGGACUUUGAAACCAUGAUCGAGGUGCCGACAGACGUCCACCUACACCGAUAUCUGCGGGUGAUCGCGCUCGAUAAGAACCGGCGUCUUUUGCACUUUGGGACCAGCUUGACCAUCGACCGAGGGCCUCUUGGUGCCUACCUUCCGUCGGGCUGGGGCGGUCAUGUGCCUUACUCGAUUAAGCAGAUGUCGCCCUUCGAGUUAUUCCCGAUUCUGGCUUUCUCUGUCUGCGCCGCUUUGCUCUGUUAUAGCGCAUUCCGCCGCUUCCUUUCCUGGAGAACUGGAAAAUCUUCUGUCGGGCCUAUAAGGUGGCGCCAAGGUGUUUCCCACAGACUUCUGGGCGAGCCAUGGGCAUGA